AACUUGCGGUACAUGAAUGUAGCACGUGGCCCCGCCCAGACGCCGUGACGCCACCAGACGCGCUGUCCAGGUGUUGUGUGUGAUAUUGCGGAGAUCUUGACCGUUUUUUUUUAAAGCUGUCUCAUAUCUGCCUAAAAUAUGGCUUGACUCCUGAUGCUUUGUGUCUGUUCUCGGGCCUCAGUCUGACAUUUAAAAUGUCGUCUUUUACCCCGUUUCCCAGAAAACGGAGCAGAUACCCCUAAAGAAAAUGAAGCCUGACGCAGGGAUGAGAAUUUAAGCUGUUUACACCUCGAGUGGUAAAGGCUAGUUAGCUAGCUAGAUAGCCAGACGGCUGAAACGACCGGCGGCUCGGAUAUCAAGUUUUAUUCGACCAUGGCUGGGAUCAUCAAGAAGCAGAUCCUGAAGCAUCUUUCCAGGUUUGCUAAGAACCUGUCGCCAGACAAGAUCAAUCUGAGCACGCUGAAGGGGGAGGGCCAGUUAACCAACUUGGAGCUUGAUGAAGAGGUUCUUCAGAGCCUUCUGGACCUGCCCACCUGGCUGGCUAUCAACCGUGUGGAGUGUAACAAAGCCACUAUCAGGAUCCCAUGGACAAAGCUGAAGACCCACCCCAUCUCUUUGACUCUGGAUAAAGUGGUGAUGGAGAUGAGCACCUGUGAUGAGCCCCGUCCCCCCAAUGGCCCGUCUCCCAUAGCAACAGCAUCAGGCCAAAGUGAAUAUGGCUUUGCUGAGAAGGUGGUGGAGGGCAUGUCCCUCUCCAUCAGUUCCAUCGUGAUCAGGAUUAGUGCCAAAGCCUUCAACGCCUCCUUUGAGCUCUCCCAGCUGCAGGUGUACAGCGUCAACACCAGCUGGAGUGUCAGUGACCUGCGUUUCACCCGCAUCCAGGACCCUCAGCGGGGAGAGAUCUUGACGUUUAAGGAGAUCAGCUGGCAGAUGAUCCGUAUCGAGGCUGACGCCAUCCAGAGUGCCGAGCAUGAGAUGUUGAGCGCCCCCAUCCGCCUCAUCACGAACCAGUCCAAGAUCAGAGUCACUCUCAAAAGACGGAUUAAGGACUGUAACGUGGUGGCCUCAAAACUGAUUCUGAUCCUGGAUGACCUGCUGUGGGUGCUGACGGACUCCCAGCUGAAAGCCAUGGUGCAGUAUGCCAAGUCUCUCAGCGAGGCCAUGGAGAAGUCUGCACAGCAACGGAAAAGCAUGGCAACCGAAGACCAGACAUCCACGACACUGCCUUCAACCCAGCAGGUUCGCACCCAGCAGGCGUCCACAGCCACUGACCAGAGUGCAACAAUGGCCAAGCUGUUCAGCGCCUAUGAUGUAUGCGAGACAUCCCACCACCUCCAGAUCACCCACCUCGACCUCCACAUCUGUGAUGACAUCCACGCAAAGGACAAAGCAAUCAAUAAGAGGAUAACAGGUGGAGCCAUGCAGCUUUCGUUCAGCUUCAUCACCCUUGACUACUACCCUUUCCACAGAGCAGGUGACAGUUGUGCCCACUGGAUGCACUACAGCGAGGCCACAAAGACCAGAGAGGGCUGGGCACAUAGCCUGCUCGAUGAGUUCAAGUCUAACGUGGAGAUGUUAAAGAACACAGUUCGAGACCAGCAGGGUUCGACACACGGGUCUCCACAACACGUGUCCCUUAGGGACGAUGUGUAUUGGCUUCUAGGAAGUCAGGAGAGUUCAGGAGGAGUAGGGCUUAGGGAGGCAGAUGGAGGACUCCUAGAGUGGGGCCCACAAACGCAGCCUUCAGCCCAGUGCUGCUGGUGUCUGGAGCCAGGAAAGAUAAAUACUUCUUCCAGUGCUUCCUUCAGCCCGCCCCCUCAGACCCCCAAGACACAGCUCAUGUCGAGCUCUGUCGUUCUCAGGAUGGCUGACUUAAGCAUCUACCAGGUGUCAACUGCAGACCACCGUCGCUCCAGCCCCAAGACCAUGAUCUCCUGCAAUAAGAAGUCAUUGUACCUUCCCCCUGAGAUGCCAGCUAUCCACAUCGAGUUCACAGAGUACUAUUUCCCUGACGGAAAAGACUACCCAAUCCCGUGCUCCAACCUGUAUGCUCAGCUCAACGCCCUGCAGCUGGUUCUGGAUCCUCGCAGCCUGGUGUGGAUCAACCUUUUUGCACUUGACCUCCGGCAGAGUCUGGAGCAGUUCAUGCAGAUCUACAAGCUCAACAACUCUGAGAAACCAGACGAGCACGUUGACAUUAAGGUCGACGGGCUCAUGCUGAAGCUGGUGAUUCCCACUGAUCAGGAUCCGGCCUGCCUCUCUGACCUGCCCAGCUCCAUCUCUAUACAAACCUCAGAAAUGGUGGCCACGAACACCCGGCAGCCGGACAACUGCACCCGCUCGCACCUCGAAGCCUUAUUGCAGGCUUUCCAGGAGGAACUCUUCUUCUCUUCCUCUUUCUUUUCAUUUCCUCGUUCCCCCUCCUCCUUUCCUCUCCUUCAUCCCGUCUUCCAACGCCACGCUCACGAGCAAGACACCAGGCUGCACGACAUCUACCGUGGGUUGGUGGUGCCGAGGAUGGGGGUUGACACCCUCAAGAUGCCGGCCGCGUGUGACUUUUGGGCCUUGCACUUUUCCCAAUUCUGGGUCGACUACGAGGGCGCCCGUGGGGGCAAGGGGCGGCCACAGCCCUUUGUGGACUCCUUCCCUCUCACAGUGUGGGCUUGUCAGCCAGCAAAACUGGUCCAACACCAAGAGAAGCUUAGAGAUGGUGCUGGAUCAGGUCUGUCAAGAAGUGCGUCCAAAGAGACUGUUGCACGCCAGCAGAGGAAACGCUUGCUAAAAGAGUAUUACAGCACAGAUGGUGUCUUAAAGCACUCGAACAGCACCGACGCAACACUGCCGCACAGUAACGGACUCCAUACACCUCUCUCACUGGACAAUUUCCCUUCUUCCUCUUCGUCAACGUCAUGCAAAGAUACAGAGGUGCAUGUGUUGGUGCAUGUGCACAAGCAUCUUAGCGCUCAGGUGAGCCACCGACAGUAUGUCUUUCUGAUGCACCUGCAGCGCAGCAUCAAAGCCUUGCAGCAGACCUUACAGCAGGAUUUGGACAAAAUGAGCUCCAAAAAAGACAGGAAAGAUCAUUCUGGGCAGCCUGCCGACCGCCAGCCCUUCAGUGUCUGCCUGGGCCUCCUGCUGAAAAGUGCAGAGGUUUCCCUGCUUCUCAAGCCUGUACCCCACGCUGAGGGUUCACAAUCUCCUCUCGGGUCAGAACUCUCCCCGUCAGAGAGCCGAGGAACCUUGGAGCCAGUGAACGAAGCCGUGGAGAAGGUAUGCGAUGGAGCUGGGUCUGGCUCAGGUUUUGAAGGUGGAGCACCUAAAGGGCUGUGUACGGUCGAUCAGCUCUUGUGUGGUGAAGGCUUGGAAGGUGGCACCACGCAAGGUCCCACCUCUCUGAUCCCCACAUCCAGUUCGGCUCCAUCUGCUGAUCCAAAUCAUGAAAUCUCAGUGGAGGAGAGGACUACAAAGCAGAGUUCACAUGAAGCGGCUGAGGCGGCUGUGGACGGGCAUGCAGCAAGAGAUGAUCUAGGACUGGCACUAGAUAAUAAAACCCAGGCUAGUGACUUGCUGUCUGACUUGCUCUGCACCAAAGACUGGACCGACAAAGACAAGCCUGCAGCGGCCAAGUUGCAUCAGUCAGUGUCCAGUGGGCGGCUGAUGCGAGAUCGCUCCCAGUCCAGUUUCUCAGUGUCCUACAAGAACAUGAAGAAGAGUCCGUCCUUGCAGUCUUUGGACAACAUCUCCAUCGACAGCUACCUGAUGGAGGAUGGAGACGCUUACAGUCUGCUGGAGAGAGACGACGUGUCCAUCUCCAGGUUCAAGGAUGCCAUCAGUGAACAGAGUGCCACAGAGAGCGCCACCGAGGCAGCGAUUGGUCAGGAGCAGGAAGAAGGCGUGUCCCCCGACACAGUUAGCGCUGCAUCCCAGAGCAUUGAUGAACCCACCAAAGACAUUGUGUCUGUGCUGGUGCUGAAGGUGCAGUCGGUUUGCGGGAGCAUGGAGGCGGUGGGCGACAGCACAGCUGUGGCUCUGGAGGUGGGCCAGGUCACACCCAGCCAGUUGGGCAACGUCAGCCUCAGGCAGUAUCUCAGCAACCGCAGUCUGGGUAUGGUGUGUUCCGUACCAAUACCUUCCACCCAAAGCUGCCGAGCUGGCGGCAAGAUUAGCUCCUGCCCCGACAUAGCCCGCCACAGUCCGGCGGUGCAGGCGCGCCUGGAGAGCGGGCCCUGCGCCGCCGUGCGCUCCUCGCUGGCUGAACGCAACGGCUUCCUCCAGCUGCGUCUCCAUGGAUACCAAGCGAGCCUCCUGAUGUCCACGCUGCACAACAUGUCUCACUUUUUGGAGGAUGACUCCACGCCUCAGGUCUUACCGAUGGAGAUCAGCGUGAGAGACACGCACAUCAACCUGAAGGACGACAGUCCUCGUGAUAAUCUGUCGGAGCCGGAGCCUUCACCCAUCAUCCUGCAGGUGGACAGCCUCGUCAUACACAGGCGCGACGACGGCUCCUUCUCCAUAGGAGUGCCUGACGCGGCAGAUUCCAGGCCCCGGAUAGACUGCUCACUUGGUUCGGUACCCGAGACCUCAUGCAGAGUCAACAGCGUGUCAAAGGCCACGCAGACCCAAGCUCCGCCUACCAGCGUGUUGCCGUCUACUAAAGAGAAGAUGCUGAUGGAAGAGAACGAGUGCUUGAAAGUGGAGCUUUCUCGAGCCAAGCUGGCGCUGGCUGAAGCUCAGAUGGAGAAGGACUCGCUGCUGCAUCGCAUUAAGAGCCUCCAAGUCAACAGCAGCUAGGCCCGGCCUUAGUUUUGUUUGCGAUAUUCUGUUGUUGUUUUUUCUUUUCUUUUCCUGCGCACCAGCUGAGCCGGCGGCAGCAGGAAGCGACAAAUUCAAGGCAACGCUAACAAGUCAAAGACAAAGAGGGGAUUCCCUUCUGUCCGCUUGAAAAUUGUGUCCGUUUCAUGCUGUGCGAUAAAUGUGCGUUAUAACCGGCGGAUGAGGAUAUGGACAUCAUCAGCACUGCCGCUUCAUUUGGUCCUGUCGGUAUGAAGGAAUGCCGAAUGUCGGAUCUUCGGAGGAAUGUCAAAAAAAAGACUUAUUUUUGCACUGCACUUUCGUGCUUUCUCAAUCAUGAGGGACAAAAAAAAAAUGUUACUCAUCCGAAGAGUUCGGACAGAGUGUAUCAUGUGAGAAUGUGAAUGAUUUUCUACGAACUUUUGAUUGGGAUGCGUUUCGGUUGAAUGUGCACGUGGUCGAGCGCCUCUCAGCCAGAAGAAGCAUUUCAUUACAAUUAUAGAAAACAUUUAUACGUCUGCAGUCAUUUCCACAGCUUUUUUCCCCCCUCCCAUCGAUGACGAUGUUUUCUUCUAUUUUUCUAUGUGUAAAUACUCGUGUUCCGCACUUUUAAUGUGGCGCAUCGUGUAGAGUACAAAGUGGGAUGGUAACGUUUUGGAGCAGGAUCCCAUGUUUGCCGUCUGCGCUCUUCGAUUUUAAGAUGGAGGAAAUAGACGGGCACAUCGACGCUGCCUUUUUUCGGUUUGUCUUUUUCUGUAAAUUUCUAGAUUUGCGUCAUCUUUCGUGUGUACGUUUUGAUGGAAGCGUUAGCUGCUGCUUCAAACCCGUGUGACGACUUCAGGGACGACGUUAAUGUAGGUUUUUACGUUCCUAAUUAUCAGCGGAGGAAAUGACUAAAUCGGGUUUCAUAAGAUAUAAAAGCUUCACUCUCAUUCAGUUGAUUCUGUACGUUGUCAACACGUGGCGAGUUUCGCUGUCGUGGUCUUAACCCGGGGUUCAGCCUGACUCGUCUUAUUUCAGUUUUGCAGUUUAUGUACAUGAAAUGAAACACAACUUCAAAGUGUCGGCGAUGACGUUUUAACAUGUGACUGUUUUGUUUGGUGCAGAGGUACAAUUUGUUUUGUUUUAUUUUCUAGCUCAGUGUUUCUCCAGCAAGAGCUGCCUCCACUAAACACCGCUAAAAACACGAGGAGUUAAAAAAAAAAAAAAAGGCACAAAAAAUAGUUGUUUUUUUUGUUUGUCCAUCAAAGCUGCUGAAGUACUGAUGAAAAUAAAAAGGCAUCCGGUUUUAAAAAUGGCUGAAUUUUUCAGUGAUUUCUGGUGUAAAUGUUUUUGCUAACAAAUGUCUGUUCUCGGUGUGGAUGUGGUGCGCACCGCUAUUGAUACCAGACAUUACGUUGAUGUAGCGCAUUAGCUGAUGCACUAAAUGCGCUAGUGAUGUAUGCUAACGGCAGGUGGCACUAACCCUAAUGUGGUCACACAAUGACUAUGGUAAACACUAAUAGUUAGCGCGUGACUGCAUGUGCUAAUGCUAACCUCCUAAUGUGUGACUACAUAUGCUAACCGCGGUUGGUGUAUUUUAAGUGCGACCAAUUAGCCAAGGUCUGGAGUAAACAGCUCUGUGCUCCACGUCUGGCAAUCUGCUAAUUCUUGGACAUCUUUCAUCACUGCCACAUUCCGUCUUAUUAAAUGUGUCACAUUGUCAAUAUU